GUUUAACUUUUUGUUUUAAUUAUAUUUGCAAGGAAGUAUACUUUUUAUGAGGGUUUUUUUUUUAAUCUAUGAAUGAAAUUGUUUGUUAGAAAAUGAAUUUCCAAACUUCACUGUAGAUGAUUAAAAAGCUUUUAGAAGAAGUAACUCUGACUUUCGGGAUAAAUCCAUAGCUUGGGGGUGUAGGCGUGUUUUCUUUUUUUCUCCGUUUUCCUUUCUGGUGUGCGGCAUCCCGGUCCUCUCGUGGGCAGACUCCUUGCAGAGAAUGCUGGGAGCGGCUCCGUGUCGGUGCUGGGGAGGUGGAGGCUCGCUCUGACCGGGCAUCCGAGGCGAACCCCCGCCUUGUGCAACACAUCCACUGUUCUGCGGUAAAGAUGGCGGCGUCAGAGGGGGCGCGCAGCGGCUGGACCACGGCUAGAAGGAUUUGAUAGUCUCCUUUCCCAUCCCGUCCAGUUCGUGGAGCGCUGUACUUUAGUCAUUCGGUGCGGUCUGAACCACGGCGGUUAGGAAAACCGUGUCACGCGCGGAGGUUGCGGUUUUAUUGUUGCAGGCGGUCUCGGGUGGGUUUCACUCGUAGCUGCUAACCUUAGCUAACAGGCUAGCUAGCUAGCCAUCUCGGGCUAGUUCCCGUUAUCUCAGUGGGGAGGGUUUUAAGGAGGAGAUUGUGGGCCAGUCCGUUCUAACUUGGUGGGGGGGGGAUGUGAACUAGAAGCGCGCGGGGGGGGUUUGCUUGCUUCGUCCCAAACGACCUCACAAACAAACUACUGGGAUGGGACAGCAGGUAGGCCGCGUUGGUGAGGUUACGUCGACCGGACUGCAGCCACCACAACCCCACGCUACACAACCGCAGCCGGGAAAGGGGAACCGGGGCAGCGGAGCCGGGCGAAGACCCCGAGGAGAACCAGGCAGUAGCAGCACAGGGACACCGCCAGGCAGGGCAGCCUCAGCAAACGCGCCCGACCCAGGGAUCAAUAUAUUCACGCAACAUUCAGAAGCUCUGACCGAGGCCGUGCGCUGGAGUUCUAAGGAGAACCUCCUGGGGGCAGCUGAGAGCGACCCCAACCUCUUCGUUGCACUUUAUGACUUUGUUGCUAGUGGAGACAACACCCUCAGCAUCACUAAAGGUGAAAAGCUGCGCGUCCUGGGAUACAACCAGAAUGGAGAGUGGAGUGAAGUCCGGUCCAAAAACGGCCAGGGUUGGGUUCCCUCCAACUACAUCACGCCCGUCAACAGUCUGGAGAAGCAUAGCUGGUACCACGGGCCCGUUUCCCGCAGUGCUGCAGAGUAUCUGUUGUCCUCCCUGAUCAACGGCAGUUUUUUAGUUCGGGAAAGUGAAAGCAGUCCCGGGCAGCUGUCCAUCUCCCUGCGCUACGAGGGCAGAGUGUACCACUACCGGAUCAACACCGCCACCGAUGGAAAGGUUUAUGUGACAUCCGAAAGCCGCUUUGCUACUUUAGCCGAGCUGGUCCACCACCACUCCACCGUGCCCGACGGCCUGGUCACCACGCUGCACUACCCUGCGCCCAAAUGCAACAAGCCCACCGUGUACGGCGUGUCACCCAUCCACGAUAAGUGGGAGAUGGAGCGCACAGACAUCACCAUGAAGCACAAGCUGGGAGGGGGCCAGUAUGGGGAGGUGUACGUUGGAGUGUGGAAGAAAUACAACCUGACUGUGGCGGUCAAAACGCUAAAGGAGGACACGAUGGAAGUUGAAGAGUUUCUAAAAGAGGCGGCAGUGAUGAAAGAAGUCAAACACCCAAAUCUGGUUCAGCUCCUCGGUGUGUGCACUCUGGAGCCUCCGUUCUACAUCGUGACCGAAUACAUGCCUCAUGGAAACCUGCUGGACUACCUGAGGGAUUGUGACAAAGCCGAGGUGAACGCCGUGGUGCUGCUCUACAUGGCCACACAGAUCUCCUCUGCCAUGGAGUACCUGGAGAAGAAGAACUUCAUACACAGGGAUCUUGCGGCGAGGAACUGCCUGGUGGGGGAAAAUCAUGUUGUGAAAGUCGCAGACUUUGGUCUCAGUCGGUUGAUGACUGGUGACACCUACACCGCCCACGCCGGAGCCAAGUUCCCCAUCAAGUGGACAGCACCAGAGAGUCUGGCAUACAACACCUUCUCCAUUAAGUCAGACGUCUGGGCAUUCGGAGUGCUGCUGUGGGAAAUUGCCACCUACGGGAUGUCCCCAUAUCCAGGCAUUGAUUUGUCGCAGGUGUACGACCUUCUGGAGAAAGGUUAUCGCAUGGGGCAGCCAGAGGGAUGUCCGCCGAAAGUGUAUGAACUCAUGAGGGCAUGCUGGCAGUGGAAUCCUCUAGAAAGACCUUCGUUUGCAGAAAUCCAUCAAGCCUUUGAGACGAUGUUCCACGACUCCAGCAUUUCUGAAGAGGUAGCAGAGGAGCUUUGUAAGACGGAGUCCCGGCAGAGUCACGGCGCCCCGGUGCACUCCUUCGGUCACGACACGCCCCUGCUGCCCUCCAAAUCCCGCUCGCUCCUCAAGCACACGGAAAACAAGGAGAACAUCGAGGGGGGGCUGGACGCGCGCUCCGACCCCGGCGGCCACUCAGGCUGGGCGCCCGUAUCCCUCGGGGGGGACGGCCGGUUCGGCGGCUCCCCGGCGCUCCCCAGGAAACAGCAGCUGCGGGAUAAAUCUCCCAGCAGCCUCUUGGAGGACGUACAAGACAUGGGCACAUUCACCAGAGACCGCAAGACCGGCUUCUUCAGCUCCUUCAUCAAGAAGAAAUCCUCCUCCUCCUCGCAGUCUUCGCAGCAACAGAACCUCCCGACCCCCCCCAAGAGGAGCAGCUCCUUCCGGGAGGAGACGCAGCCUCACAAGAAGUACGAACCCACGGCGGACUUCAGCGCUCCCCUUCCCCUGCCCCAGCCGGACGGCGUCGGGGGGUUCUCUCCCUCUCCGUCCCACUCCCACGGGGAGCCCAACCAGACGCAGCCCCGCUGCUGUGGUGCAGCGUUCGGCCAGAAACCCUCCAGUGGAAGCUUCAGUUCCCAGCUUACCAGCGGGAGCAGCUGGGGGGGGCUGGCUGGCUUUUUCACCCCGAGACUCAUCAAAAAGACGCUGGGGCUGCGGAGCGGAAAGACGGCCUCCUCCGACGAGGGCGGCGGUUUAGGCGCAGGACCCAAGCCUUUUCCUCGGUCCAAUUCUACCUCCUCCAUGUCAGCGGGACUGCCAGACCUGGAGCGCAUGGCCCUGACGUUACCCAGAAACCACAGCGCCAAGCCCCUCCUGGAGAGGACUGCCUCCACCACCUCCCAGCCGGAGAACGGGGCCGCCAGGCCGUCCGAAACCCUGCUGAAGAGGAUGGACGAGGGCACCGCGCAGAUCAGGGAGAGGCCCAAAGCCAAGCUGCUGCCCCGCGGGGCAGCCGGCAGGGCGCCGGGCGUGGGAGGGGAGGCGGGCUCUGACGGCACGUCCCGGACCAGAGAGGAGAGCCCGGGGCUGGACCGGCAGCAGAGCUGGUCCUCCCCGUCUAAGGGGAGCAUGUCGUCUGCCCCCACUCACAACCACAAAGUCCCCGUCCUGAUCUCCCCCACCCUGAAGCACAGCCCCGCCGACGUGCAUCUGGUGGGGCUGGACUCUCAGGGGAACCGCUUCAAACUGCUGUCGGAGAACCAAGCAGACAAAGACCGGCCCCGGCUGGUCAAACCCAAAUGUGCUCCUCCUCCACCUCCCACUCUGCGUAGCCUGCAGCCCGCCCCCAGCGGCAGCGGAGAGGACCAAGCCCCCGCAGAGAUGAACGGAGACACGCUGAAAGGUCACAGGUCGGGGCGAGCGUCAGGAGGAGCCAGCAGACCGUCAGUGCCACCACCUCAAGUGCCUCCUGCUUCUUCCUCCUCCUUUUCCUCCUCGUGCCCCGCCAGCGCCAACACAACCCCCACCAAAAUGGCCAACGGAGCCCCCACCACUGCUUCCUUGCACACAGCAGCGUCCGUGGGCUCCAAGGGGGCCCUGCGCCGAGCCCGGCAGCAGGCGGAGCGGGUCCCUUUGGAGCGGGUCAGCCGGGAGGCCCUGCUGGUGUGCGCCGAGGGGCUGAGCAGCGCCCUCCACGCCAGCUGCGAGAGCCCCUCCAGCAGCCAGGUUCUGGACGCCGGCCACCAGCUGCUGGACUGCUGCUCGGGUUACGUGGACUGCAUCCCUCUGACCCGGAACAAGUUCGCCUUCCGGGAGGCUGUGGGCAAGCUGGAGCUCAGCCUGCAGGAGCUGCGGGCGUCGUCCUCGGGGGGCGGGGGGCUGGGCCACACGGGACCCAACGCCGUGUUGGACAACCUGCACAGCUGCAUCAAAGAGAUUAGUGACGUGGUCCAGAGGUAGCCGCUGUGACGUCACUGAUCCUGACCGUCACCACGGUUCUGGUUCCAGCCAGAGCUGUUUAUGAGGGGCACAACAUGAAAGUACCUCACGGAAAUCACUACAACAUGUCUUCUUUUGUUUACAAAAAGCGGUUUUCAUAACAUGCCAGUGUGGACGCUAUCGCAUCUCACAGCUGUAAAUAUCCAGAAAGAGUUUCACCCAACACGCCGUUUCCAUCGGGCAGUCAGAACGGCCUCCUGAAGCGAAUGUCAAGGGUCAAAGUGAAGGCGUCCAUGACCAGCCUUACAGAGGAAACGGCCUCCAAACCCAAACCUGACCUUCUGGGCUCCGUGCUUCUUUAAGUCUGACAGUUGUGAUCAAAUGAGAAAAUUUGACGCGUUAAUGGAGGCGUUUGGGUUCAAAAUGGUCAGAAAAAUGGCUGAAAUGACAGUUUGGUCCGUUGUGAGAAGGGUCGACUCAUGGAACCGUGUUUACCGUCUGUUCCCCACAGCGCUGAACCGUUGAAACGGCACUUCUGCUCCUCCGUGACGUUCCCAACUGUCACGUGUGGAACGCCACAGUCCAGAACUUCCCACCAAGUGGACGCUGCUGCACACUGAAUGUUGGAGGAGGUGCUAUGGGGAGCCACAUGGGGGGGCGGCUCAGCUCUAAGUGCCCUUCACAGCGCCGGCCGGACGCCCUGCAGCCUUCUCCUGUUUACAGUGCCUCAGAUUUUUCCCACUUAACAAAACCAGUGGAACUAAAACCUACAGCAGGUUGCAGUAUUUCUCCAGCACAUGAGUUUGUUUGUUUCAACAAAUGUCUUUAGAAUGUAUGAACUUGAAUUUUAAAUUAUUCUUUUUUUUUUUCUUCAAAGCACAGACAUAUAGAGGUUUAUAAAUAUGUGAUUUAUUUCAUGUACACACAAAGUGUGUGGCCAUAGAGAAACGUCCACCCAGAUCUGAACACGCGCUCUGAAUGUAUUGGUCUUCUGUUCUGAACCCGGUCAAACGUGUCUUUGCUUCUCUAAGGUGCCAUAUUCUUUCCUCAGUCACACUAACUGCCCACAGGUUGCUUAUUUGCCCCCCGAGCACACAUCCUAUGUACACUGGAUAUGAUCUGAGACGCAAUCAACCAUAACAAAUGCUGAAGAAUCGGACAACACUGUAGCUCCAACACACAUCUAGCAAUGAAACUUGAUGGAAGUUAUUGGGUUGAAUUAUUUUGUGAUGAAAUAAUUUCUCCUUUUUGUGUUUUUGUCAUUUUGGUGCCUUUUUGUAGAAAAUCGACAGUAACUUCAAGGAAUCCCUGUAUGUCGGCGUACCUUAAAGGCUGCUUUAAGAAGCCAUAACAUGAACAUCUAUACGGAGGUGUAGUUUGAUCAGUGAUGCUUGACAAGAAGACACUAAAACUGCAGCCCCCCCCCCCCCCCCCCCCCCUCUUUGGACAGCCCUUCAAAAUGUUUUAUUGAAAAUAUAAAAGUUAUAUUUGCCAUAAAACUCAAUGGUUCACGUGUUUUUGUUUUUUUUCCUUCCUCCCGUUUCUGCUACUGGGUUCUUUCUCGUGCUUUUAUUUUGUUUUUACAAUGUCUCCCUUUUAUUUUGAAAGGAAAGGGGGUUCUGGAGAAUGUGUGUACACAACAUGAUACCAAAGGCCACUUCUUCAGUUGGAUUAGUGCAAUGUAAGAUCAACACAGACACACCACAGUGAAUGAAACAGGGAUAAAAUGUCUGAUGUUAACUUUUUUAUUGUACAAAAAUAUGAUUUUUUUUAUUUAAAGCUCACUUUAUGUUACUGUGAAGUUGUGCUUAUCAGUGUUAAGCCUAUUGUAAAUAAUAAAGAUUUUGAUGAAUGCGUCUGA